AUGGAUACCAGUUGUUUGAUCAAUCACUACUCAAAAUUCCUACGGGAAAUUUAUUUCUUCCACGGAGAAGUUUCUGGAAGUUUUAAUCGAGAGAUCAAGGAGUUGUAUACAGCCGUGGAGAAUCAGAAUCAUGGAAUGAACAUUACCCCCUCAAAAAUCAAAUCCCAUCUGGAAGUGUGCCUCGAUGAGAUUUUCUCCGACAGAACGACCGAAUCAGAAGAGACACUGAACUUAAACACAAUGCUGAACGAUUUGAACCAAAUGGCCAGACACUUAGGAGACGAUCUUUCCAUGAAAAUUGUCCCGUUGGUCUCCAUGUAUUUGGAAGAAACAAAGGAGUCGGAUACUGUAUCGAAAAAGGGAGCAAAGCAGGCAAUCGAGAAUAUGAUUAAUAGAUUGAAGAAAUGUGCAAAAUCAUCUUGA